CCCGACCGCCGCGCGUUCCCGCGACGUGGGGGUCACUCGCGCCGGCUCGGCCGCCAACGUACACACACGUUAAUACACCACCUUAUGUGUUUACACGGAAUCGUUAAAAAGUUCGUCCGUUGCGUGCGUAGUGGUCAUCUUACAUAUUCUAAUCCAAGGUAGAUUGAUUUUAGUGUCGUGUGCGGUACAAGGUCGGCGAUCAAACUCGGAUAGCUUAACGAGAAUCGAAAUGACUUCUGGUUCGGCUAGCCGUGCGAGGACACGAACCACUGAUUCGUAUUUGAUUUUAAAUUAGAUUUUCGGUUGAGAAUGGAGGAUAUCGGUUUGAGCGAGCCGGUGCUGCUGCAAACGCUGCGAGCGCACCGCAGCGAGGUGACGUGCGCGGACGUGGACCCGACCGGCGCGCGGCUGGUGACGGGCAGCGGCGACCGCGCGCUGCGGCUGUGGCGCUGGCAGCCCGGCGGCGGCUGGGAGGAGACGGCGGUCGUCCGCGACGCGCACCGCUACGGCGUGACGGGCGCGCGCUGGUCGCCGCACGGCGCGCUGGCGUGCUCGGGCGGGGUGGACGGCGCGGCGCGCGUGUGGUGCGGCCGCGCGCUGGCGAGCCGCCGCGUGUUGUCGGCGCCGGCCGCAGCCGCCGCGCGCGCUCUCUGCUGGGCGGGCGGCGGCCGGCUGCUCGUCGGACACGAUGAUGGUGCGCUGUGCGUGUGGCACGUGCUUCGAGCUACACUACUGGCUCGACACGUUGCCCACGCAGGGUCAUUGCAAUCGGUGGCGGUUACCGCCAGUCAUACGCUUCUUUUGACCGCUUGCACCGAGGGAGUUUUAAAAGUAUUCGAUUUGAAUGACGUCUGCAACAGCGGCAUAGAAAACGAGCCAUCUCCGGCACCGUUAACUUGGAUCGACAGCGCGCAUGACCUUGGAGUGCUGUGCGCAGACGCGGUGGACGACGGCUGCCUGGCGGCGACGGGGGGACACGACGCGCUGGUGCGCGUGUGGCGCCGCGCGGAGGGCGGCCGCGGGUUGCAGGAGCAGUGCUCUCUGGCGGGACAUGCAGCCGCGGUAACAGCGCUGCGCUGGGCGCGCGGCGCGGCGCUGCUGGCGUCGGCGUCGCUGGACCGCUCGGCGCGGCUGUGGCGGCCCGCCGCCGCCGCCUGCCUGCACGUGCUGCACGCUCACCCGCGCUACCUCACAUGCGUCGCUGUAGACCCCCAGCUGCGAUAUAUUAUCACAGGUUCAAAUGAUAAGUCAGUGCGGAUGUUUUCUCUCCGCCAGAUGUCGCUAGAUGCUGAACUUGAGCCGCCAUGCAACGCGUUGGAACACUUCGGACUUGGAGACCUUGAGGGUAUUGGUCCUGUGGAGGAAGAAGCGGCGGGGUUCUCUGAGGCGCGGGAGACGAGCGACGCGCACCGCGUGUGGAGCCAGGCGGACGCCCAUGCCGGCGCCAUCAACUGCGUUGCCACGCAUGGCGACAUCGUCGCUACUGCCUCCAGCGACGGCACCGUGAAAGUGUUCCACUGGUCGCGCGCGGGGCUGGAGCUGGUGCACUCACUGGCCGCGCACGAGUACCCCGCGCUGGCCGUGAGCGCGGGCGCGGACGGCGCGCUGCUGCUCAGCGCCUCGCUCGACUGCACCGCCAAGUUGUGGGACGUACAGAUGGGUUGUCAACUCCGGUCCCUGUGCGCGGGAGUGCGCGGCUCCGUGGAAGGCGAGGGUGGCGGCGGCGUGCGCGACGCGCGCGUCUCGCCGCACCGGCCGCCGCUGCUGCUGCUUGCGGCCGACGACGGCGUGGCGCCGCUCUGGAGCCUCGCCGAUGCUGACCCGAACCCCGCACAUUUGUACGAGGGCGACGGUUCCGCGAUGACGUGUUGCGCGUGGAGCGCGUGCGGCCGCGUGGCGGCGACGGGCGCGGCCAGCGGCGAGCUGCGCCUGUUCGCGCCGCCGCCUGCGUGCCGCCAGCUGCACCACCAGCCCUCCGCGCACGACAUGGGAGUGCAGAGCUGCGACUUCCUGCCGGACUGCGGCGCGCUGGGGCUGCCGGCGCCGGCGCGCUCGUGCGUGCUCGCCACCGCCGGCGCCGACUCGCUCAUCAAGCUGUGGCUCAUCGAGUUACACGAGGACGAGGCCGGGGCAACAGUCCGGCUGGCGCGGACGCUGGAGGCGCACGGCGGCGGCGUGACGAGCGCGCGCUGGCAGCCGCGGCGCGGCGCGCGCGCGCUGCUCGCCAGCGCCGGCGCGGACCGCUGGGUGCGCGUCUGGCGACUACACGCCGACCAGGAUGCAUUAGAAUUAAAUUUGAGUGCCGUAUGCGCGGUGUCGGCCGCCGAAUCCCGCGGCGCCCUCGCCGUGGCGAUGCUGGAGGAGCCGCGCGCCGGCGCCGAGUGCGGCGCGCUGCUGGUCGUGGGCGCGCUCGGCGGCGGGCUGUCGCUGUGGCGGCUGCCGCCGGACGAUGACGACGACACUGAUGACGAAGGCAGCGAGCCCCGGUUUUGGACCCAAGCGGGCGUGGUGCGAUGGCUCAGAGAAUAUGUUUUUCCUGUCUGCGCCAGCUCUGGUUCAGACGAGGCGAAGCGGUUGUUGCAGCUGCGCGCGCGCACUCACCGCGUGACUGGCGCUCGGCUGCUCGAUGACGACACCGACGAUUUGCUCGCUACACUUUUCGCAGACGAGGAAGACGAAGAGCUGCCUGAAGAGGUGCGCGCCGACGUCGCGGCGCUCAAGGACCGACUCGUGGAAGAACUGAAAUGGCUGCGUCGUUCGCCGCCGCCGGUGGAACUGGAGCAGCGCGCGCCGCACGCGCUGCGCUGCCCGCUGUCGCACCGCGUGCUGCGCGAGCCGGCGCGCGCCGCCGACGGGCUCAGCUACGAGCGCGCUGCUCUCAGGGAGUUUUUCCUGGCCGCAGACGGCGCGAUAUCCCCGGUGUCGGGGCGGCGGCUCAGCAACGCGCGGGUGGCGCCCAACUACGCGCUGCGCGACAAGUUGCGCGCGUUCUUGGCGGAGAGCGGACAUGUCGCCUGAACACACGCGUCUCUCGCACGAGGAACACAGCGCUCGUCUCUUGGAAUCAAUUACUGUGGAAAAGCAACUCAAGUCGAAAACUAUCAGAAUGACCACUAAUGAUUUAUUUUCCUCUCAAUCCCAACUAAUAUUAUAAAUGCGAAAGUAAGUUUUGUUUGUUUGUUUCCGCUUCACGCGUUUUCUAUUGUUAUGUACUGAAACAAUCCUCUUAAAAUUUCACUUGUAUAUAAUUAAGAGUUUUGAGAAGAACUAAGGAUAUCUUUCAUCCCGGAAAAGCUAUACUUCCCGUAGGAUUUGUAAAAACCCUGCGCGUGUAGAUAGCACUAAAUAGGCGCGGACGAAGCUGGUAAAAGCUAGCUCUUAUAAAUUGAGGCUCUUAGUAACACAGAUUUAUUCCCUUCUUUCUCUUUCUGUUUCACCAAUUAAAAGGGAUGGAGGGGUAAGGCAAAAUCACGAGGAUUGUUCCCGCCAGCAGUUUUCCACGUUGUUGGUUAUAUUUCCUCGAAUGUAGAUUUGACUUCGGUAAGAACUCGUCUCGGACGAGAAAUUUCAUCCCUAUUUUUAUUAUUAUUACACAAAAUAGACGAAUAAAGUUUAUUGUCUAUGUUUUAUCCCUUUCUCUUUCUUUGGGUCACUGAUACCAUUGCUCAAAUGUUUUUUUUUAAAUCUUGUUGCUCACAAGCGAUUGAAUAAAAAAAUGUGUGAACAAAGUUCGGUUUCAAAAUACUUGCACAAAGCAAUCCUAGCUCUUAGUGUUA